AUGGCCAGUUCACGAUACCCUACGAUGCCGGUCGAACCUAGGACCGUCAUCGAUCCCAAAGCAUCCACUGGAAAUGUUGCUUAUAUGAUGGAGGCAAAUCUCCAAGAAAUCCGGCCGAGACCCCGUCAGGAUGGCACCUUUAGCCCAUCCCAUCGCGGGCAGUACGACCCAAGAAGGCCACUUGAGAACUAUUCACUCGAUCCUCAGCCGAAAUUCUACCGCUAUCCCGGACAUGGUGCUGCAGCAACAUCGAAUUACACCAUCCGCCCACGAAGCAACACCACUCAAGAGACCAGGCGGCCACUGAGCCUGAUCAUACCUUCAUCCACAUCUCGCCCCAGUGGCGCGUCGGAUUACGAACGACCGUACGCUCCCAGGUAUCCGGGCUAUUACACGAACGAUGACUCUGAUCGUUUCCUCUCGCCGGCGUCGUCGCGACCCAGACGACGCACCUUUAGUCCCAGCAUAAGGGCUGGUCGUUUGGUUCCGGUAAACAAAGAACGUUCACCCCACGGUGAACGUGGUGGAUAUAUGACGACCGGAGGCCGUUCACGCAGGGUGUACCCCUUGUCCUCAUCCGGGCCCCGUCCCCAGGAUAUCGACAUCAAUGACGCCUAUUCAUAUACAAACCUAAAGGAGGAAUUCCUUGGAGAUACUUCAAAACACGCACGUCAUCCCGAUACCCGUUCCCAAAAGCCACGGCCUGUCAGUCUAACCGGGUUGGAAGAAUACGUACCCCAAGCCUGGCGUGAGUACAGACAUGAGAUUCGACCAUCGGCCUCAAAAGGUCAAGAUAAGCUUCGGAGGGAUGAUGAUCCUAAGGACCGCAACAAUGCUAGCGGGAACGAAGCGUCCCGUGCACCUGAGAGCCAUCGACGCCAUACAUCGAAGCGCACUCCUGUAUCUCUUCACCAAGAACGAGACAGGCCCUCAUAUCGAGAUAGCCAGGAUAGCUCGAGAGAUGAGCAAAAAUAUCGAAGUUACCCAGAUGACGACGAUGUUUUCACGAUUCCGCACAUCCGUCACCCCAGUCCGCGUGGUCCCAGACGUGAUUCGUUCGGCCAUCGGAUCGUAAAUGAUCAGAAAGUCGGCCGAAGCGAUUCGGAAUCUUCGCAUAUGUUGCAUGGUGGACUCGCCACCGCCGGGCUUGCCAGCGGCUACUCGCUGGAACAGCCUGACAGAGGAGCUGAUCGGGAAGCCGAUCCACGGAGGAGCCAUCGAAAAGCCCGGGAACGAAGGUCACCAGUAUACGACACAGGGAGCGAGACCGACGAAUCUGAGUCAGAUGAGAGCACAAGACCGCGCCAUUUUAGAGCCUCUCUGCGCCCGAAAGAAUCCCUUGCAAACGCAAAAUCUACAGCUCGACGUGAUCCCCGCCCUAGUGAAAGAGGCAAGGAGGAUGCCGAAAAUCAAAAGCAAAAAUCUCUAAUUUCGUCCCAAAAGGGAUCCCCUGACCUGAACCAGAAGAACGAUUCAGGGACUCCGGCUCCCAAGGGGAUUCUCAAACAACCGACAGAGAAAUUCCCUGAAGAUAACAACACGGUCCGAGAAGGCGUGGCCCCUUUGAAAGAUUCCAAUAAGAAAGGUAUCCCUCCUGGGGCGCGUUGGACAAAAAUAUCCAGGGAAUACGUCAGCCCAGCCGCUCUGGUGGGCAAGGAACGAUUCGAAGUACGACCAGGCUUUGUGAUAGUCUUGAGAGUCUUGACAAGAGCCGAGAUACAGGAAUACGCAAACAGGUCCGUAGAAAUCCGGACGGAAAAUUACCGGAGACAUCAGAGAGAAAAAGAUACGAAUGAUAGCCGGCGUUACAGUCGUAAUAGGGAUAGCACGGAUAGCGACGAUGAGGGCGAGGACGAGCGGGACGACAGGAGCCGCAGAAAACCCGCUGGUUCUCCCGACUCGAGGCGACAAAACACCAGCUUGCAUUCCUAA